CGCAGCGGGAGCUCUUGCCGGUAUCUUCGUGGUCUUCUCGGAGCGGUAGUCUUAGCGCCCCGAAGUCCUGUCCCGCACUUUCCAACUGCCACGCAUACGCUCUCUCGGGCCCCCAGGAUGGUGUUCUUACCCUCAGAGCACAUAAUUAAGGCUAUAGUUCAUUGUUCAUUGGUGGUAUUAUUUGACCCUCUGCUGUACUGGACUUAAACCAUAAUUGAAGAAAAAUGAUGGAAGAGAGCGGAAUAGAGACAACCCCGCCGGGGACUCCUCCACCACACCCUGCAGGCCUGGCUGCAGCCGCCACAGCUUCCACCCCGCUGCCUUUAGCUGCAACCAGUUCUUUCUCUUCUCCAAAUGUGUCCUCCAUACAGUCCUUGCCGCCACAUGCGUACUCCACCCCUCAGCCGUCCCUCCCUCCGGUGAGGCCCUCGGCGCCCUUGCCCUUCGUGCCGCCCUCACCGGUCCCUUCUGUUCCAGCCCUCACUACUUCUAUCCCACCUCCUGUCUCUCCACCACCUGCUGCUGCCUUCAGUAAUCCUCCUCUAUCCCACUUCCCGGCUUCAUCGUCUGCCCAAAGCACUCUUUUAUCUGCACCCCCUUCUGGUCCUCCCACAUCGGGAUUUUCCGUUGGGGCAACUUACGACAUUACAAGGGGACAUGCAGGAAGAGCUCCCCAGACACCCCUGAUGCCGUCAUUCUCUGCACCUCCGGUAACAGGUAUUUUGCCGACUCCCAUUACUCAGCAAGCCAGUUUGACAUCUCUGGCCCAAGGACCGGGAACCACAUCAGCCAUUACGUUUCCAGAGGAACAAGAAGAUCCUCGAGUUGGUAGAGGUCAGGAUGAAGCAUCUGCUGGUGGACUCUGGGGUUUUAUUAAGGGUGUGGCCGGAAAUCCUAUGGUGAAAUCUGUGCUCGAUAAAACAAAACAUUCAGUAGAAAGCAUGAUUACAACGCUGGACCCCGGCAUGGCUCCGUAUAUCAAAUCUGGAGGUGAACUGGAUAUUGUAGUGACCUCAAAUAAAGAAGUAAAAGUUGCUGCCGUCCGAGAUGCCUUCCAGGAGGUCUUUGGCUUAGCUGUGGUCAUGGGGGAAGCUGGACAGUCCAAUAUUGCCCCACAGCCGGUAGGCUAUGCAGCUGGAUUAAAAGGUGCCCAGGAACGGAUAGACAGCUUGCGUCGAGCUGGAGUGAUCCAUGAAAAACAGACUGCUGUGUCAGUAGAAAACUUCAUUGCAGAAUUGCUACCUGACAAGUGGUUUGACAUUGGCUGUUUGAUAGUGGAAGACCCCGUCCAUGGCAUUCACCUGGAAACGUUUACACAGGCCACACCUGUGCCUUUGGAAUUUGUACAGCAGGCUCAAAGUCUCACUCCCCAGGACUACAGUCUGAGGUGGUCAGGCCUUCUGGUGACAGUGGGUGAAGUCCUGGAAAAGAGCUUAGUGAACGUGACGCGGACUGACUGGCACUUGACAUUCACCGGCAUGUCUCGCCGGCAGAUGAUCUACAGUGCAGCCAAAGCCAUUGCUGGAAUGUACAAACAGCGCCUGCCCCCCAGGACCGUGUGACAGGAGACUCACCCAGGGCACAGCGACCUCUUCGCUUGGAGCGUGGUGGUAAAGACUUGGUCCCAUCCCCUUGUGGGGAGCUCCAGCAGAUGUCGGGGUCUUGUGAAUGUGCCUCUAGGCUACACUUGAUCUUUCCUAAAAAGGCACGGUGUCAUUCCAGUAGCUGCAAAGAAACAGAUCCUUGCUGUGAUUGUGUAAUUUCACGUACCACAGUUCUUAAAAAACAAUUAUUUUUAUAGGACAAUUUGAUAUACCAAAUCUGUACGGUGCAAAUUCACGUGCUAUGACCUUUAACUUAAUGAUAUGUACUUGAUUAUUUUGUUGAAGAUUGAAGAACAUGUCAUUGUUUAUUUCAUGAUUUCUCUCUUCUUAGUCCUUGAUGCUUUUUGUGUGUGCGGGUGAUCUCAGGUCUGACACCGAAGCGCGUGCUCAACAGCUGACCCUCAGAUACCUACUUGCAGGGAGAUGGCGCACGUUUCUGUGCAUACUUUUUACAUGGGCCAAAAUAAUGGGAUUUUUUUUUUGUCAUCCUGUACAUACACACCUCCUCUAAAAAAAAAGAUUUCAAAGUAAGUUUUGGCAUUUCACAUAUUUAGACUCUGAGACAUUGCAGUACUAUUUUAUUUUUCUUUGCUAUAUGACAACUAAGUGGCCCAUGAUUUGAGUGUAUUUUAAAUCAGAAGCAUUUUGUUAUUUUUAUAUAGUACUAUUCAGUAUUUUCAAGUAAACUCAGACAACAGCCAUUAUUUCUGCUUCCACUCAUAUAUUCAAGUGUCGUAUAGAAAUUUUUCAGAGGAAUUACUUUGUUAUUUAUGGGGUUGUAUGCCUCCUCUUUUAAUUAAGGUUACUUAAUAUUUAGUUUGCCUUAAACACUGCUUUUCUAACUUGGUGCCAUUCUGCCUUUACUCUUUAUUAAAUAGUUUCACUGAAAAUUCCAUAUUCAACCUGGUUUAUCUAGUUCAUCAUGUUUGUAUUUAGUGACUAAAGCUUCUCCCUCCCCCCAGCCCCAAAUAAUAUAUUUUAGCAUUUUUGGAUUUAUAUAAAUCAGAAUUUAAAUAGUUUGUCUUAUACUUUGGAUUCUACGUAUGCAAAUUCCUAUAAUGUUUUGAAGACAGUUUCUUACACAAAUGUAAUUUAAUUUUUACUUACUCGUCUAUACAGUUCUUUAGCUGUAAAUUAGCAGGUGUUGAAGCUCUUAUCCUGCACUGUCACUACAGGUAACAUUGCUUUGUAUUACUUUGAGUACUUACUCGAUUUUUGCUUUUUUUACCUGAGGAUGAGAAGCAUUAUUUUCACAACUCUCUGUUCAUUUCCAAGCACCGUAUGAUUGCUUGGUGAAAUUCAGACUUGUCUGUCAUUAAAAGGAGAGAAAAGACAUGUAACCAAUUGUUGCGGCGUGAUAGGGCUAGAGUGAUUUUCUCCCCUUUCAUUGCUAUUUGUGCAACACUUGAUGUUUUCUCCAUCUGAUUAAUAAAAAAGAGAAGCCUUUCUGUACCA